CAUCGACCACUAUGAGCAGGUACCACGAUCCCGCCGAGUCGGCGCAGCCCUACAGGGACCCCACGCCUCUCCCGGCCAAUGUCCCGAAGGUUCCCGAGCUCGGUGCGACUAGUGCGCCCCUCAAGAGUGCUGCCUUCUUCCUUGGGACGUACUGCAAGGACUACAAUGAGGAUUUCAUGCUCUGCAAGGGAGAGAAUCGCGACCCUGAACACUGUCUGAAGGAGGGCCGGCGGGUGACGCGGUGUGCAAUUGACCUGAUCACCAAGAUGCGGGAGAGCUGCAGCCAGGAGUUCGAGCAGCACUGGAGUUGCUUGGAGAAGAGUAACCAGGAGUACUAUCCUUGCCGCAAACCAGAGCGCACUCUGAACAAGUGUAUGUUCGAGAAAUUCGGCCUGGCAAAGGUCAUUCCCGGCAGCCCUGAGGGCAAGACGCCUAUACAUGAAGUCCAGAAGCCAGUGUUCACCGGCGUACAGAAGUAGAAAGCCUAUUGCCUUGUUUUCCCGAUGCUGUCUCACCUCGUCUCGUAACCUGAAUGCUUUCGAAAAUGACGGUUAUAUGCACUAUUUAUCACCGCGGCGGUGCUCAACCGUGCACUUCCUCAGUCUGUCCUCAUAAGCGACGGAUGCAAUGGCGUGAGCAGGAGGAAAACGUCGACAGCUACAGCAGUACAUUAAGCAAGCAAUCCUGGAGAUCGAGGUGUGCGGAGCAUCUGCCUGUUCGGCCAGUCAUGGAGAUCGUGGUAUCAAUGUCCAUGUCUCCAUC